CUGUCUAAUCAUGGUUUGAUAAAAUGACACCUUAGUUAGGUGGAAUGAAUCAAGAACAACCAACAAAACACGGUAGACCAUAAUUUAAUAACAAUCCUCUCCUCUUCCACCCGACCUUUCAAUGGCUUGAAUUAUUGGAUCGAGGUAGAAGAUAAGCAGAUACAGGGAAAAUGGCCCCACUACCUUUCACCAUAUUAUCUCUUAUAACUAUAAGAUAGUGCACCAUUGACAAAGACAACCUCCCCAGCAGUAACAUACUCACAGCAACCACUAACGAUUCUAUCAGCUGCAACACCAAAGUAAACGCCUACAGUUUUCUUCAUACCUCAUUACCUCUCUCUCUCCCUCUCUCUGUCUGUUUGUAAAGAAAACAGCUUUUCACACAUAUGCUUGUUAGUGUAAGGUGUUUGAUCAAAUGGUUGCAUUAAGAUGGCCUUCCUCGCCACCACACUUCCCAGUAAUGCAGACAUCUGCAGCUUCUUCAAUUCCACACCAGCUUCCACUCAGCAGCAGCAAUAAGAAAGCUCAUAAACCUGUGGGGAUCAUGAUCAAAUCUUACUCUUGUUCCUCCUUCAAAAACAAGAUAUUCGAGAACCCAGUUGAGGGUAUAGUUUGUUAUACAGAUGUGAGAACUGGGGAAGUAAUUUGCGAAGCAUACGAUGAAGGCCCUCGUUGUUUAGAUGACCUGCACCAGCGACAGAUUCCUGCUGCAUAUCGACAUCAUUCUUCGUCGAGGGAUGUGCAGAUCAUGAUCAACCUCCUUCAGCAGCGGCUUCUGCAGAUUGUUAAUGGCUCUCAUGGUGAUGAUGGUGAUCAAUAUCAGAGUGCUGGAGCUAUUUUUACCCCGCAAGAAGACCUUUCAAAGUCCAGUAGCGUAUAAACCAAGUCAUAUCUCCACCGGCCAUCUAUUUAUGCGACCAACUCAUUAUACCUGCUUUCUGCAAAAACCUGUAUAUAAAUGUGAUAACAGAGAUGUUUUCUAGUCACUCUUUUCACUUUCUGUUUGUUCAAUCAAAAGGAACAAAUGGUCCACAGGAUUACUGCAGAAAUAACAUAUGAUGGUAUGGACCAUUUUUUACUCAUCAUGCAAUGCAUCUGGGAGACAAGCACAGAACUACAACCAUGGAACCCUUCCUUCUUCUGCUCGCAUAAUACACGAAAAGGACCUCG